UAUAAAGUAAUCACUGACAGUUGAAAGAACAAUAAUUAUGUUAUGAUGAAUUUAACAAUUUUUGGGACUGGGGCUUGUCUGUUGCAGCGGUCAAAGAUGUUGGUGCCACUUGUUUUAUUAACACUAUGCGUUAUUACGCAAGCCAACGGCAACGCCAGCGUGAAGAAAUUUCCUGAGAAUUUCUUACUUGGGGCUGCAACAUCUGCUUAUCAGAUCGAAGGAGGUUGGAAUGCCGAUGGAAAAGGCGAGUCAGUUUGGGACUACUACCUCCACAAGCAACCAGAUAUAGUAAAAGAUUUCACCAACGGCGACAUAGCAGCCGAUUCUUAUCACCUUUACGAACGGGACGUGGAAAUACUUAAAGAAUUAGGUGCAAAAGCAUACAGAUUCUCAAUAUCAUGGACUAGAAUCCUUCCGGAUGGCACUACUAACUUUAUAAAUCCUCAUGGUAUAGCCUAUUAUAGCAGACUUAUUGAUUUACUGCUAGCUGAUAAUAUACUGCCUUUAGUGACUUUAUAUCAUUGGGAUUUACCGAUCGCUUUCAGUAAUAAUGGAGGCUGGUUAAAUGAAACUACUGGAGAUAGAUUCGGCGAAUACGCUAGAAUAGUUUUUAAUGUUUUUGGGGAUAAAGUCAAGCAUUGGAUCACAGUGAACGAGCCAUCUAUACACUGCUCUUUUAUGUACGAAUAUGGUAUUCAUCCUCCGUUGAAGAAAUCCCCAGGGGUAGGGUUUUAUGAAUGUGGAAGGAAUUUGCUUCUAGCUCAUGCCAAAGCGUAUCACAUUUAUGAUGUUGAAUUCAGAAAAAAUCAAGGGGGGAAAGUGGGUUUAUCAUUGGAUGCGGAGUGGCCUAUAGCGGCCAGCGAUUCCCUAGAUGACUUGGAGGCCGUUAAAGACUAUUUGGCUUUUAGCGUCGGACAAUAUAUGGACCCAAUAUUCAAAGGCGAUUACCCUGAAAGACUGGUCAACCGCAUAGCCGCUGCAAGCAGAAGGCAAGGCUGUACCAGUUCCCGUCUGCAACCCUUCACAGACAAACAGAAGGCCUACAUCAACGGAACAGCUGACUUCGUCGGUAUCAAUCAUUACUUCAGUUUAUACGUGUACAGAAAUGAGUCAGUGAGAGGGUAUGAGACACCCUCGUUUCUUGGUGACACGGAGUUGGGUACUUUUCAAGAUCCAUCGUGGCCGCAAAGUGCCUUUACACGUAUGAGGGAAUAUGCACCCGGCCUCUACUGCCUACUGAUGUAUCUAAAAGACACGUAUCACAAUCCCGCGGUCUACAUCACUGAAAACGGGUUCCCAAUGACGCCCGCUGAGGAUCUCAACGACGACAAGAAAGCUCAUUACUUGAGGGCGUAUUUGAAAGCAGUGCUGGACGCGAAAGCUGAUGGGUCUAACUGUCAAGGGUACUUCUUUUGGUCGUUGGUAGACGGUUUGGAAUGGGCGAGUGGACUACAGAAAUACAAAUUCGGACUAUACCAGGUGGAUUACAACGACCCAAGCAGAAAGCGGACCGCGAGGAAGUCCGCUCUGGUCUACAAGGAGAUCAUACACAGUGGCACCAUCGACUUUAGUUAUAAUCCAGACCCUUACGGAGACAAAUGUUUUAAGAAUACAUGAAUUCAUAGUAUAAGAAACUUUUGUAC